AUGAUCGCAGAGGGCCUAGUGGCCAGGGUGGUUUCAGUGGGCAUAGUGGCCCAGGACGUUAUGAUCGUGACCGUUGUGGUUGCGAUGGCAGUGACCAUGGUGGCUAUGGUCGUGAUGACCGAUGCUGUGGUGGCUCUGGUGGCCGCGACCGCAGCCGUGAUUGUCCUGGUCGAGAUGACGUGGCUCAGGUCAUGA